CCUUUUUUUCUUUCAAAAAAUUUGAAAGAGAACUCUAAUCCAUCCCAAAUUCCUAUAUAUUCUCUGUUUCAGAUCUAAUAAAGUCCAUUUCUGUUGUGUGUCCUCUUUCAAACCUAUCUCUCAAUUUUCAUCUCCUCCGUUAACCCAAAUACCCAUUCUUUUCUUUUUACCUUUUCUCCCUCCUCCUUCUCCCAUUAUUCUUCCCCACCAAAACCCUAACUCUCUCUCUCUCUGCUGCUACCAUGAAGAAUCACGAACUCAAUGACCAAGAAAUCUCAACAAAGAAAAAAAACGCCGCAACGAAAAGAAGACAUGACAAUAUUGUUAACAAUAACAAUAACAAUGAUCAAGAAGCCGAUGACAAAGAUUUCCUUACUCUUUCUUUAACUUGGGGCGAACCAAAACCACCCAAAAGAACUACUCCUAAUACAAAUAAUACCCAGCAUCAACAUCAGUUCCCACCACUAAUCUUACCUCCACAUCAAGUUUUCCAAAACCCAUCUCCACAGCAAACCCUAACCAAUUCUUCACACCCAUUAUUCACACCACCAGUGUUACCGAUAUCAGCAUCUAAUAAUCUUGACCCAUAUAACAAUGCUGCUUCUAGUAGUACUGCUACUGCUGCUGCUGCUGCUAAUGUUGGUCCUUCUCGUGCUCCUCCACGUGCCCGCCGCAACCCUACACAAACACCCCGUGAUCAUGGUAAGAGUGAAAACAUUCUUGCACCAUUCCCUUGGGCAACAAAUCAUCGAGCCAGAGUGCAUAAUCUCGAUUACUUGUUGUCAAGAAAGAUUGAUAAUGUUACUGGAUUGGUUCAGUGCAAAAGAUGUGAGAAACAAUAUGAGUUAGGGUUUAAUCUAAGAGAAAAGUUUGUCGAGGUGGGUACAUUUAUUGCUGAAAAUAAGAAUUCAAUGCAUGAUAGAGCUCCUGGUGUUUGGAUGACUCCUGCUCUACCAACUUGCAAGUAUUGUGAUCAAGAAAAUAGUGUAAAGCCAGUGAUUUGUGAUAAGAAGAAAGGGAUCAAUUGGUUGUUUUUGCUAUUGGGUCAGAUGCUUGGAUGCUGCACUCUUGAACAACUCAAGUAUUUUUGCAAGCAUACAAAGAAUCAUCGCACGGGGGCUAAAGAUCGUGUUCUUUAUCUUACUUAUCUUGGUUUAUGUAAACAGCUUGAUCCUAAUGGUCCCUUUGAUCGCUGAUUGAAGAGGUAGGGCAAAAUGUGUUUGGUUUGGAUUGUUGAUUUUGAACUUUUUUGUUGG